GCAAUCUGGGGGAAACUUAACAGCUUGAAUCUGACUUAAGAUUAAAUAAAUAAUUAAAUACAACUGUUUGAUCAUUUUCAUGGAUUGCUUAAAUUGUUAGGUAGUGAAAUUCCAUCAGACAGUGCACAUGAUAAAUAUUAUUCUAUAUGUUAGCUUAAUAGCCAAAACAACAGUUUUGUAAAAGAAAUUUCCACUUACAUUACAUAACACAUUUUCUGAUAAAAGCCCAUUUUAUAAUAAAAUUUGAUUAUCUAUUUCAUAAUAAUUCACCAAAAGAUGUUAACGGACGACUUGUGACUCAGUGAUCAGGGAAAAACAUGUAAAAGCGCCUUUGAACGCACCCGCGAGUUGGAAAUGAAGCUGUGAAAAAGACUAGGAAUAGGAAUUCUGAAGAGACGUUUACACGUCAGGUGUGGAUGAACAGUGUCCUGCUUGAGGCAAUUCUAGGGAUCCUGAACAGUGGAGAAUUUGACAUACACUUUCAUGUUGUUAAGGUGGAGAUGGUUCAUGAUUUCUCUGCCCUCAAGGUGUUCUGGAAAGCAAGUGGGAACACUGAGCAGGAUUCAGCUCUGCAAGUAACACUCGACCAGAAGGCUGGCAGACUCAGACACCUGCUGAUAGAGUCACGCGUAUGUGGCCGUGUGCCUCCUGUGUGCUUCAUCAAGGACCUGUCUUUAGCCCGGCUCAAGCAGGUUGAAGAUCUGUUCAAGAAUCUGGACACUGGACCUUCACACAGGGAACCAGACUUGUCCAAUGUGCAGGGCCCAGCUGGCCUGGGUGACCAUGACAACAUGAGCAGUCUACUGAAUGCACGUGGGAAGUUGGGGAACCUUGAUAUUGACUUCCUCAUCAGCCAGUCUGCAGCUGUGAGACCUCUACAUGGUGGCAAUACAGAUGAAAGUAACAGAGUUUGUGAUAUGCAGAGUUUUGACUCACAAAAUAUAGUAAUGGAUUCAGAGAAAGCAAGUAUCAGUGUUGGUCUUAGUGGUAGUGGUAAAGUAUUUAAGGUAUCAGAGAAAUCAAAUAUCAAUGUAAACGCUAAACAUUCAAUUGAUAAGUUUGAGAUUGAAGAUCUGAGCGUUCCUAUACGACAAGAUAUGUAUGGGCUACAGCAUGAUGUGCUGAUGCAGAAGGUCUUAGAUGCCAAAAGCUCAGUUCGUAGGCAGCCGUACAUGGAAGCGAAGGAAUCAGGGGACGAAGGGGAUUUGUUGAAGUUCAAGAGAGACAAAAAUAAGGCAUAUACUGUGAAGAAGAUAUCAAAGAGAAAAUUGGAAAGAAUGAGUAGGAAGGGAAUCGAUGAAGAAUACUAGGAAUCAAAAUGUUAUGUAAUAUGUUUUCAUGAUAAACAGUAUUACUUUUUA